CAUAACACCGGAUCAUGCCUGACGAUGCGAGACAUACAACGCCGCCGCGGCGUGCAGACGGGCCUGCUCGGGUUCCCAUCACGCCAGAGCAAGUUCGGCGCAUGGAAGAGAGCCGACUCAGAGCGAAAGCUUUAAGAUCACAGCAAGACGCAGCCGCUGCACGAGCAGCAGCGAGUAGGACUUCCGCCCCGCCGACUGCAGGUCAAAAACGAGCACAUGCCACCAUAAGCACAUCCGACGUUCCCGCUACGAGUCGAGACGCUCGCAUCACGCCGUCGAAAUUACCGAGCAGCAACAAUGGCCUCGCGCAGGUGCAAGAUACGGGCAUUCGAGCGGCGAGGAAGUUUCAGAAGUUCGUGGAGUAUGACUUCAGUAAGAUGACAGAUACCAAGGGUGGUUUCAUGACCCAUGAAGACGACCCGUACAACAAGACGUUGAACCAGCCUGGGGAGGAUGGCAAACCCGCGAACAUGACAUUGAAAGAGUGGGAGCAGCAGCAAUUGCAACGCCGAUUACGUGCUCAGAAAGCCGGACCGUACGAGCCUGGCCUCUCCGUCUUCGAUCAGGCCACGGCGAAAAAGUGUCGAGAGUGCGGCACAUUGGAGAUAGACUGGACAUGGGAUGAAGUAUUCCACUGUCAAGUAUGCCAUUCUUGUAAGGAAAAGCUUCCUGAUAAGUACUCGCUUCUCACCAAGUCCGAGGCCAGGGAGGACUAUCUCCU